UAUAAAUACGAAAGAUUCCGUCAAGCGUUAUCCAUUCGCGUCUCUUUUGCCAAAGCUUCUUUCUCAUUAGCGAACGAUCCCGUGACGAAUUUUGAGAAGAGAAAAUUGAAAUCAUUACCAUCAUGAUGACCAGUGCAGCUUUUUACUUGGCCCUGAUGUUCUGUUUAGGAACAUGUGCUGUAGUGAAUAUUGUGCCGGAGAUAAGUGAAGACAAAACUGAUGAAGUGAUUAAGGAUCUAGAAGAGAUUGUCGAAGAACUCAAGGUUGAUGAAAUGCUCAUCCAAAAUUCCAAAGUUAAUGUUUCCCUGGAAAAUACAAAUAUGGGUGUGAAAUAUGUGCCGACAAUGAAAUGUAAUUGGGAUGGUAGAACAGGAAACUGUUGUUUUCGCUUUUAUUUGAUUACCAGCAAAAUAUGUGUGAGAAUGGAGGUCAGUUACCCUUAUGUAAAUUAUCACGUUAAAUCAGGUAUCCACACAGUUGGUAAUGGGUAUUUAAGUAAUCACUAUGAUGAACACGAGGUUGAUAUCCGUUUUGGCUACUUUAAGUUCGAGUUAGAAUUGAAGCUGCGUUUUAUUUCCAGCGAAGGAAUCGUGAUGUGUUUCAAAGCUGAUUAUAAAACCCAUACUUAUAAAUUCGACAAUUUAGUUGGUUGUACAAUAACCUGUUUUAAGAACAGUGGAUGUAAUAGAUCACCAUCUAUGUCAAUAGUAUAAAUAUCAAUUCAAAUUGCAUGGUAGACAUGUAAAGUUUUUAUACUCCAUUGUAUAGGGCAUUUUUCAAAUAUACAAAAUAAAGUAAAGUAAACGGAAGACAAAAUCAAAUAUUAGCUUCGAUGAUAAAUAUAUUCAGUUUAAAGACAUUUUCUUGAGAUUAAUUGUAAAAGCCAACUGUAAAAACCGAAAUAAAGAUAUUUGAAAAGUGAAAAAAUU